AGUUCUUCAUUGCAAAUGGGAGAGUCAGCGGCUGGGCUUUUCCUGUAGUUGGAUUUUAGCAAGUCUCUGGGAACUGUGCUGAUUUAUAAUUUCCCCAUUUGCUGUCUACUGAACAAUAAAUAAAUUCUUCAACGUCUGGCGGUACUCAUUCGGUAGUUCUUAGUCGAGCAGAUAACUUCGUAGUGCUACUACCAGUUCAUUUAUUUUUGUUUACAAUUUCUGUUUUGUUAAUUCUAUACACAAACCAAAUGAAACUCCUUGUAGUACUGUUGUCGAUGGUGGUACUGGCCUGUGGUCAAAGGCCAUUCUAUGCCAGUUCUGGCCCAAUAGGAAGACCAGGCUUAGCAAGCAGAUUCAAAGAUGACAACGCAACAUUCUCCAGCACGGUAUCAGUAGAGAAUCGCGUUGGUGAAAACACUUCAACCCCAAAAAUUCCAGUGGACGCUAGGGGUGACGUUGACCUAGUGAACACAUUGAACACUUGGGAAAGGGAACACCAACCUUUCUGGCUCCUGAACGCAGAUCACAUCGAAAGAGCCAGAAAUACUACCAGAGUUGCCCAACAAACCACCGUCAGAAGCCAAUUAUUGAACUCCCGAGGUAACCAAGAGGGUCAGGCAAACAUACAAGGAGGGCAGGGUGGUUCAAAUGUACAGAGUACUUUGGCGAACAGAAGUGGCCCUUCGGGUAACGGAAGAAAUCCAUCUGUCAAUAAUCGACACUUUGGAAAACCUUCAAGUAGUGAUAUAAAACCAGUUUAUGAAGCACCUGAAAGGUCGCUAGGCGAUCAAAGGGUGAGGGUGCAUCCAGGACAAAGACAAGCCGACAACUCCCAAAAAAACUUCCGAUUCCAUUACGAAAGAAACGGUUUCCAAUGAGAAUCCCAUUUAAAAUACUACCAGGAAACUUAUUGCAAAAAGUUCAGUUAGCAGUAUGGAAGUUUUGAUAGUAGUGAAAGAGGAACGAACUGAUAGCCUGAUUGUAAAAAAAUUGUAUAAUUAUAAUGUUCUCUUCAUGAAUUUUGACUGUUAUAAAUCAGUUCACGGUAAGACUGACGCCAAGCCAUAAUAAAAACUGUAAGAAUAAAUGAUUUAUAUUCGUAUCAAUUUGUGAUGUGAUGAAACGUUCUUUGCAGAAUAUUUUUAUUUCCUACUAUAAUAUUUUUUUGUUUUGUACUGAAACUGUUUAAGUGGUGUGACAAUGAAUAAAAUGAAAUCUCUUA